AUGGGCGAACUACACGCUUCUCGAGAUUUCGUCGUGUUGCUCAACGGCAAGGUGUACCAGUCUCCGGAGACUGAUGCGGCGGACGCUGGCCCUUCCUUUGCGGAGUGUAUGAUCAUACGAGACGGCAUCAUUCAGUAUGUUGGCUCUGAAGCAGACGCGGAGGUAGAAGCUGCUAAAGCUGCCGGCGCGACGGUCAAAGAUCUCGGCAGUCAGACCGUGCUUCCUGGAUUCAUCGAUGGUCACCUGCAUCUUCUGCUGCUUGGACAGUCUCUCGUCAAAGUUGGCUUGGAGGCCUGCAAGAGCUUGGAGGAUAUUCGGGCUGAGAUCAAGCGAUAUGCCGAAACUCAUCCGGAUGUGCCUCGUAUCUUUUGCCGUGGCUGGAUGCACUCUAUGACUCCUGACGGCGUCGACUCGACUCUACUGGACGACUUGGAUCCUAGGCCCAUCUUCGUUGAUACCAAAGACUUGCAUUCAACAUGGUGCAACACGGCAGGGCUCGAGGAGGUUCUCCGUGUUAUGAAUAUUCCGGAUGACGCUCCAGAUCCUGUGGGUGGAACUUUUCAGCGAGGAAAGAACGGCAAACUCAACGGCGUCUUCAACGAGAGCGCCGUGUUCGAAUACAUCUGGCCCUUUACAGCUAGGGUCGCGUCUAUCAAACAGCGGAAAGAGUCCAUCAAGGCGGCUAUCAAGGCUUUCAACUCUGUUGGAUAUACCGGAAUGGUCGACAUGGCUAUGGACGAGACUAUCUGGGAGCCUCUGAUUGCGCUGCGGAAUGAAGAAGGCCUCGGAGGCAUGCGAAUUGCUGCGUAUUGGCUCAUGAAACCCAGCGAUUCUCUCGAGGGUGUGAUUCCUCAGCUUGAACGCGCCAUUGAACUGGCUGGACAAUACAACUCUCGCAAUACACCCGACUGUCGCAUUGUCGGCGUCAAGGUCAUCUGUGAUGGAAUCAUUGAUGCCUGCACGGCUUCACUGACGGACCCGUAUUCGACGGGAAUAACUCCCGAUCCUAUCUGGCCAGAGGAGUUUCUAAACACCAUUGUGUCCAAGGCUCAUGCUGCAGGGCUUCAGGUUGCGCUGCAUGCCAUUGGCAACAGGACGAUUCGCAUGGCGAUUGAUGUUUUGGAGAAGAACACGGACCGCUCGAGGCGUCCUCGCAUUGAGCACAUCGAGCUGUCCAAUGCGGAAGAUGCCGUGCGUCUAGGAAAGCUGGGCAUCACGGCGUCUAUUCAGCCAGUGCAUUCGGAUCCUGCCAUCCUACGAGCCUGGCCGAGACUCAUCGGAGAUCACCGAUGCAAGAGGGCUUUUGCCUACCGCGAGUUUGCAGAUGGAGGCGCACCCUUAGCUCUCGGCUCUGACGCGCCCACGGCCCCUCAUUUUCCCAUCCCAAACAUGUAUGUGGCGACGACGAGGAGAUCGUACCGCGAGCCUGACUUGGAGACUGUUGUGAACCCGGAGUUUGCCCUCACAGUUUGCCAGGCUGUCGUGGCGGCGACGCAUGGGUCGGCGUAUUCGACAUUUGCGGAUGAAUGGACUGGAAUUUUGAAGAAAGGUCUCAAGGCAGAUUUCGUUGUUUGUGAUGUUGAGCUAGAGCCUGAGAGUUUGAUACGGGGCGUCGUCAAGGAGACAUGGUUUGAAGGAAAGCAAGUAUAUAGGGCAUCUGAGUAG